AUGGUGGGCUUUGAUGAUGUAAUGCUUCAACUCAUGGAGAAGCUCAUUUACGGAGAACUCGGUCGCCAAGUCAUCCCAAUCGUAGGCAUGGGAGGAAUUGGUAAGACCACUCUGGCAAGAAAUGUUUAUGAGAAACCACUUAUUUCUCACCAUUUUGAUAUAUGUGCUUGGAUUGCAAUUUCUCAACAAUUUAAUAUAAGAGAACUUCUUUGUGAAAUUCUAUUUCAAGUUGAUAGAGUAGAGAAGGAAAGGUUGAGUCAAAUGAAAGAAGAUGAAAUAGGAUUAGCUCUCCACAAAUGCUUAUCAUAUAGAAGGUAUUUUAUUGUGUUGGAUGAUAUGUGGAGUAUUGGUGCAUGGGAAAAGCUACAACGCUAUUUUCCUGACAAUAGUAAUGGUAGUCGGAUAUUGGUGACGACUAGGCUAUCAAAUUUGGGAUCUCAAUUGGAUAGAAAUGAUGGCCUUAAAAUGAAAUUUUUGAACGAGGAAAGUAGUUGGAAUAUGUUCUGCAAAGUUGUGUUUGGGGGAAAAAGUUGCCCUUUAGAAUUGGAGAAAAUUGGAAGGAAGAUUGUGGAGAGUUGCAGAGGACUUCCAUUAUCAAUUGUUGUGAUGGGAGGUGUUUUGGGAAAACUGGAUCCAACAAAAGAAUGUUGGGAAUCUAUUAGAGGAAGCAUAAAUUCACUAGUGAAUUUGGAGAAUGACAACCAUUGCUUGAAAAUACUGAAGUUGAGCUAUAAUCAUUUGCCAGUUUAUCUUAAACCGUGCUUUUUAUACAUGGGAACAUAUGAGGAGGAUAAAGUUGUUCGGGUCUCGGAAAUAAUCAAGCUAUGGGUUUCGGAAGGAUUUCUAAAGCCAAUAAGGGGGAAGAUUUUGGAAACAGUUGCACAAGAGUACUUGGGUGAACUAGUUGAUAGAAAUCUAAUUCUUGUUCAUGAGUAUGGAAACACUGGAAGCAUGAAGUACUUAAAAAUUCAUGAUUUGUUGAGAGACCUUUGCUUGAGAGAAGCUGAAAGUGAGAGGUUUUAUCAUGUGGUAGGGAAACAUAGUCCUCCUCAAGGAGAGAGUUCGACAGUUGCCUAA